GAUGGCUGCCAGCGAGCGACACUGAAGUGACACUGUUGUUAUAAACCCAAGCAAGAAGUUUUUUAAUCACCGAGAAUAACAGCGCUCUAAAGUAUUGCAAGGCGCAGUGACGUCUUGUCGAAGGCGUAUUAAAGCCGUCUGGGUAGUUAGCUACAUAUCGACUUUUUGAUUAACGUGUCCAGGGAUCUCUGAACACGUGAUGGCUGCUCCUGUUAACGCACAGAACCCCAGCAAGACCUGGGAGCUGAGUCUGUAUGAGCUGCACAGAACCCCACAGGAGGCGAUCAUGGACGGCACGGAGAUCGCAGUGUCCCCCCGCAGCCUGCACAGCGAGCUGAUGUGCCCCAUCUGCCUGGACAUGCUGAAGAACACCAUGACCACCAAGGAGUGCCUGCAUCGUUUCUGCUCCGAGUGCAUCGUCACGGCGCUCAGAUCCGGGAACAAAGAAUGCCCUACCUGCCGCAAGAAGCUGGUGUCCAAGCGCUCCCUGCGGCCGGACCCCAACUUCGACGCGCUCAUCUCCAAGAUCUACCCGAGCCGGGACGAAUACGAGGCCCACCAGGACCGCGUGCUGGAGCGUCUCAGCCGCCUGCACAAUAAGCAGGCCCUGAGCUCCAGCAUCGAGGAGGGCCUGAAGAUACAGGCACUGCACAGACCCCAGAGAGUGCGGAAACCGCAGCAGGAGAGCGACAACACCACCUUCAGCGGUGGGGAGGACAACUGCGACACCCGCUCGCACCUCUCCCACGACUCGGCCGCCCCCCUCCACCCGGGCCUGCCCACGGAGGCUGGGCCCAGCCGCAACAAGAGGCCCAAGGUUUCAGAUGAGUCCUGCCCCGAGGCGGACCGGGGCAGCCCCACGCCCCCGCCCCACCACCACCACGAGGGCCCCGGCUCUGAGAUCGAGCUGGUGUUCCGACCACACCCCCUGCUGGUCAACACACAGGAGUACAGCCAGACCAGGUAUGUGAAAACGACAGCCAACGCCACUGUGGACCAUCUCUCCAAAUACCUGGCGCUGCGCAUCGCCCUGGAAGAGCGGCAGGCAGACAGACAGGCGGGCGGGGAGGGGGGGGCGGGGGAUGAGGGGGGCGGAGGAGGGGGAGGGGGAGGGGGAGGAGGAGGAGGUGGAGGAGGAGGAGGAGGAGGAGGAGGAGGGCUGAGUCUGCAGGAUGUCAGUGAGAAGCAGUACACCAUCUACAUCACCACGUCGGGCGGCCAGUUCUCGACUCUGAACGGCUCUCUGACUCUGGAGCUGGUCAAUGAGAAGUACUGGAAGGUCAGUAAGCCGCUGGAGCUGUACUACGCCCCCACCCGGGAGCAGCAGCAGCAGCAGUGAGGGGGGGGGAGACGGGAAGCUCGUACCCCCUCCUCUCCCUCUCCAGCCCUGAAGAUAUGGAGCCUUCUCUCUGCCUCCGUUCACUCCCUCUACCAUUAUCAGUCUCACAGAGGCCUCGACCCUCUGUUCCCCUGUCAGAGAGACGCGUACCACCAUUAUUAUUGUGAUUAUAGUGAGAAGUGGACUCUGCGUUCUUUUUCUCUUUCCUCUCAGCCACAUCUGAGUUAUAGACAGAGCUUUACGUCAUCUUUUCCCGCACAUCAGAUCCGAGCUCGGUCUGGGGCGCGGUUUGCUUUCACCUCCAGAUAUGAAGUAGGAAGCUUGUGUGACUGCUCUUUUUUUAUAAUCAACAAAAGAUGAAUCCUGUUCUCUCUUGAAUUUUUAGUAGAGGCGGAGCUUGUGGGUUUCUUUCUUCUUCUGAACAUGUGGUCAAGAUGGCAGCCAUCUUUGUUUCUCACGCCCAACCAGCCAAUCAACACUGUGUAUAUAACUCCUCACCUCACUCUAAUUUUGUACAGUCCUUUUGUAUAUUCUCAGAUGAUACCAGGAGUGCAGUUGUUGUGGACACAUUUCAUAAGGAAAAGCACCUCAUUUGCCAGAGUGGAUGUUUCAUAUGAUGGAGAUGUUGGACUGCUGGCGUUCAGCCUUUGGGCUCUGAUUGGACCAAUCAGAGCAGAGGGGCCAAAUAACACAGGAUGACAACAGUAGAAGUGUGUACUAAAUAACACAGGAGUUCAGUACAGGACUGCUGUCAAUCAGGCUGCUUGAGCUUUGUGUGUAAAAUCUAGUACACCUUUUUAAUGGCUCAAACCGGGGUGGUUAACUUACUCCUUUUUAUGCUAAGAUAUAUAUGUACUGGAACCAGUCAUUGCCACAAGAGUGAGCAGACAUUUUAACAACUUCUCAUAGCAGCAAAGGAAAAUGACCCCAUUCACUUGUACAAAAAACUGCCAGUUCUGUAUCUUGUGUCCAAGUUUCAUUCUCUCUGAAGGUCUUGCUC